AUGGAGGAGGGGUCAAGAACAACACUGUUCUUAAGCAGCUGUAGGAAGAACUUGGUGGUGCAAAUCCUACUGAAGCACAGCAUCGAUGGAGUGCUCACAAGAGGCGCAGUAAUGGAGGCAGCAGAGGAGUACGGCAUUAGUAGGAAGACAGUUUAUAGGCUUUGGAACAAAGCAAAACAGCUGAUGCAAAGGGGGGAACCUGCAAUCAUGGAAGGCAAGGUUAAAGGCUAUCAUCAUUCUGAUAAGUUAAUUCUAGAGGAAGAAAAGGUAAGAACUUUAUCCGCACUUGAAAGGUCUUCAAUUAGAAAAAUUGCCCACAAAUUGUCUGUUAGCAAAUGCACAUUAGGUCAGUGGAUUAAGGAGGCCAAAUUAAGGCCACAUACAAAUGCUAUCAAACCUGCCUUAACUGAUGCAAAUAAGUUAGCUAGGUUAAAGUGGUGCCUUAGUAAACUUCAACCAAAUAUAAAUGCAGGUAGAGUGCAGUUUGAAAGCAUGCACAAUGUAGUGCAUAUUGAUGAAAAAUGGUUCUAUAUGACCAAGUCAUCAGACAUGUAUUACCUCUUGCCUGAUGAGGCUGAGCCAUAUAGGGCAUGCAAGUCAAAGAGGUUCAUCACCAAAGUGACGUUCAUGUAUGUUGUAAGUAGGCCUGUGUUUGGCUUGGAUGGCCAAACCAAAUUUGAUGGAAAGUUGGGUAUUUUCCCUUUUACUGAAUUGGUUGCAGCACAAAGGAAAUCCAAGAAUAGGCCUAAAGGCACACUUGAGACUAAACCAAUUCCUUCAGCCAACAAGAGUGUGAUGAGGGACUGCAUUAUCAACAAGAUUGUACCAGCAAUUAAGGCCAAGUGGCAUGAGUGGGCAAGCAAAGAGAUCUAUAUCCAGCAAGACAAUGCCACACCCCACAUAAAUGGUGUGGAUGCUGAAUUUGAGGUUGUUGCCAAAUCAGAUGGAUUUAAAAUCCAUCUGAUUUGUCAACCACCCAAUUCACCUAACACCAAUAUUUUAGACCUAGGGUUUUUCAGGGCCAUUCAGACACUGCGGCAUGAGAAACCAUGCAAUAAUGUUGACACAUUGUUGGAGAAUGUGUGUAGCUCUAAUGCAGAGCUGUCACCACAAACCCUAAACAAAGUAUUCCUCUCAUUGCAAGCUUGCCUCACAGAGAUCAUGGUAUUUAGGGGUGGGAACAAUUACAAGGUCCCUCACAUUAACAAGGACAGGUUGGAAAGAACUGUGGGACUGCCCAAUGCACUGGAUGUAGAUGAGGAUCUUGUGAGAGAUGUGUUGGAGUACUUACAACAACCAGAGAACAAUGUUGGUUGUGGAUAUGACAUUAGGGCUUUGGCUACUGCUUUUGGCUUCUAG